GACACAAAAGUCCAAAAACCAAUAUACAUACUACAAAAGCAGUCAAUGCGGAAAAUAGUGUCUUAGUAGUGUGUGUAUGAUGUUCAAAACGGCUGUGUCAUCCACGGUUGACCUUUUGCGAGAAACAUCGACACAGUGGUCAUUGUGAGAUCAACUAUCGAAUGUGACUCAUGCUGCUGAUGUUCUCAUUAAACAAGCGGAAAUCAUCCAAAAAAAACCCUACCUACCAGCUGACAUAUCAUACUUGAUCUGCUUUACACAAAUCCUACAUUUUGCAACCAUAUUGUGACCUCGAACGAUGAACGCUCUUAACGCCAUUAUUACCCGGUACAGGAAGCCCCAGUUGCCCAAAUGCGAGCGAGACUUUGAGAUUGCUUAUCUAGAAUGGCAGCGAGACGUAGCAAGCGUGGAUGAUCCCGAAGAAUGUGCCAAGGCGUUCCAAUCAUGGAUUGCACCUUUUCUCGAGGAAAGGGAUUUUGGUUAUGCGAUCCUACAACGGAGGCGUCGUUUGCUGAGCAUCAAACCGGUAGCACGUCCGACACUUGAAGGCGAGUCUCCGGAGAAGCCGCCGGACUACAACGAAGCUUGCAAUGAGGAGAAAUGGGAGGAAGAAGUGAAUGAGCUGAUGGAAGCAUACUGGACAAGCAAUAGAAACUUGCUCGCUAUGGACGAGACAAUGCCUCUGACUUCAAAUGUGGUGGAAAUCGAUCUCCUCCGUACCUUCAAAGAUCGACACGGCCGUCUGUACAGUUGGGUCAUGGAUCGUUCGACGUGUGCGGACACUGGGGGAUGCUGUGGACGCGCUUGUGGGUGUUGUGAAAAGCCGUUAUUGACAUACUAUCAUCCCCGGGGCUUACUGUAUCUCGAUGGAAAGAAGGAAGUGGGUGUGUAUGGCCAUUGCACGGUGGAAUGCCCUUGCUGUAUCCAAGUCCGGCACCGCUACCAUCCUCAUCCGCGCCUUCCCAAGUCCGCUUUCUAAAGGGCUGUCGAGAUGGAAAGAAGGGAAGUUGGAA